GCUACAGCUUGGCCGGCCACGAGGGAGCUCCACUUCCACACGGUUUGACUUGACCCCGAUCGACGCGGCUUUCCUUUCCUGUGGAUAAGGAAAACGGAACCAUCCAUUGCGUUUCGAUCGCUUCGUUUCCUUUUGCAAAAGACCUCGACUGAUCGCCAUGACUCCGCAGGUCUUCUCACCUAGCUAACAAUCCCACCAACUCUGAAACCCGACGGUGUACCGAAGAAGACGAAGGUGGCGAGCCUCUACUCUCAAGUCUCAACCGGCUGUGCGGCAACUAGGAGAGCAGUGACGAAGAUAUAUACUGUUCAGAUGUUUGUAUUCCAGUUUAGUUUUUGCAGUGCAGAUUAGCACUGCCUGCCUUAUGUGACAGCCUGACAGGAGGGGCAGGCAUAGAUGAUCGAUGGCCGAUCCGGUGGCCACCGUGGAGAAGAUCGUCAAGAUUGGGCUCAAGAUCAAGGAGGCCGUGGACAAGGCUCGCCACAAUGAGGACGAGUGCUGCGAGAUCAGAAAGAGGGUGCUCAGGUUCAGCGCCAUUCUGUCACAGCUGCAGCAGACGGGGAUGAUGAAUGGCAGCCCGGCGAUGAGCGGCGCGCUGGAGGACCUGGAGGAGACGCUCGAGCAGGCCCUCAAGCUUAUCGCGGCGUGCCAGGAGAGGACCACCGUCCGCCGCCUCAUCGCGGCCGGGGACCUGUCCAAGCAGCUGCGCCGGGUGAAAGAUGACAUCUUGAAUAAAGUGAUGCUGGCGUCCUUCGCCAUCAACGCCCACACCACCAUCGUGCUGUUAACGAUUCAGGCUGGCGGUCAAGCUCCGGCCCGGCAGCCACAGGACACAGGAGUUACGGAGAUAUCACAUAACGUUCAAUCAACCAUUGUUCCUAGAUCUGAGUUAAAUGGUGAGAAAAACAAAGUACGACCAGGAAGUGAGCCGCCUUUUGCUACUUUAUCUGACUUAAAAAAGUUCAGUUUAUCAGAGUUAUAUGCCGCUAUAAAUGACAAAAAUAUCAUUGGGACGGGUAGCUCCUGUAAGGUCUACAAGGGUGUACUCAAUGAGGGAAGGAUGUGGCCAUCAAGAAAAUUGCCAGCUCCUCUGACCAUAGCUGGGCGCGCAUUUACAAACAGCAACUUCUAGCUUCAAAGCUUCAGCACAAAAACAUAGUUAAAGUUUUGGGAUAUGGCGAUGGUAGAGUUAAAGGAUAUUAUUGGGUUGAAGAAUACACGCUGAAUGGAAGCUUGGACGAGAUUAUCCGUGAGUCCCAACUUGCUUGGUGCUCCAUCUUCAGAAUAAUUGAGGGGAUAGCCCAGGGUGUACAUUACUUACAUGAAGAACACGUUGUACAUAUGGAUGUGAAACCAAGCAACAUCCUCUUGGAUUCUAAUAUGAAUCCAAAGAUUACUGAUUUUAAUAUAUCUAUGGUGCUGCAUGAUGUUGAGAUCACUGGUGACGACAUACUAGGCACAUUGGGAUAUAUACCUCCAGAGUGUUAUGAAAACAGCACUAUAUCAAUGAUGAAUGAUGUGUACGCUUUUGGAGUCACCGUCAUUAAUAUCAUUAGCGUUAUGUGCAGAAAUAUACAGCCUUAUGAGCGUCUUUUAUGUACAUGGGCUUGGGACGCUUGGGAAGCUGGACAAAUGGAGGAGGUGUUUGACCCAAAGCUGUAUGAAGGGUCUCAGCCAAGGGAGAUUAAAAGGUGCGUGGAGGUGGGACUAUUGUGCCUUCAGAGUGAUCGGGCAGACCGGCCCACCAUGGCAGAUGUUCUUGAGAUGCUACAUGGCAAGAAACGGCUGCCGACCCUAAAGAAACCAGCAUACAUGGAGUCAGAAUCGGAAUCGGAGAUUGAAUCAGUUACAGAAGGACGAUCAUGCAACAGAUGGAAUAGGAAUCGGAAUCGAAAAUCGCUCCGUAAGGCUGCACAUCGUCGGCAGAUGUUCUUGAGAUGCUACAUGGCAAGAAACGGCUGCCGACCCUAAAGAAACCAGCAUACAUGGAGUCAGAAUCGGAAUCGGAGAUUGAAUCAGUUACAGAAGGACGAUCACGCAACAGAUGGAAUAGGACUCGGAAUUCGAAAAUCGCUCCGUAAGGCUGCACAUCGUCGGCAGAUGUUCUUGAGAUGCUACAUGGCAAGAAACGGCUGCCGACCCUAAAGAAACCAGCAUACAUGGAGUCAGAAUCAGAAUCGGAGAUUGAAUCAGUUACAGAAGGACGAUCACGCAACAGAUGGAAUAGGACUCGGAAUCGAAAAUCGCUCCAUAGGGCUGCACAUCGUCGGCAGAUGUUCUUGAGAUGCUACAUGGCAAGAAACGGCUGCCGACCCUAAAGAAACCAGCAUACAUGGAGUCAGAAUCGGAAUCGGAGAUUGAAUCAGUUACAGAAGGACGAUCACGCCACAGAUGGAAUAGGACUCGGAAUUGAAAAUCGCUCCGUAAGGCUGCACAUCGUCGGCGCUAGCUUGUAUGGCACUCGGUAGCUAAUACACUUUCAGCUAUAACGCAAUUCAUUUGGUGUUUGUCAAAUAUGGGAAUACAGCGAGCACAAACUAUUUUUUAUUUAAAUAAACAGUUAGUCCCAAAUGAUAACCGAACCAAGCACAAAAGUCCCAAAUGAUAACCGAACCAAGCACAAA